AAUGGACGAGAAAUAAAAGGGGCCUGCUACACAGUCGAUGUUAAAAUAAUAUUAAUCUAAGGGCGUAAUGUUCGAAUAUUUGACUAAAAUAAGACUUAAAUGCAUCAUUUUCUCUGUGUUAUAAUGUAUGGAAUGACUAUGGGAUCUGUUACUAUUGCGCUUAAUAUAUUUUUCUUGAGUACUUUUGCACGCCCAGUACAAACUGCUGGCGGAAAAGGCUUGCAUUACGGUGUUAUAGCUAAUAUCAUCCCGGACGGAUCAGCCAACAAAUCAAAGAUAACAACACGCGGAACCCUAUCCUGCGCACAAGCAUGUUUCACAAAAUCUAUGGAAGGGUCAUGUACAAUAGCUUCAUACAACAAAAACACAAAGGAAUGCACGUUGUCCACAUCGACAGUACGUGAUUUGAUGCAUAAUGAAGAUUAUGAUGAGGUGACACUAUUUCCUCAGUCAGGAUGUGAUGUCAAAGACCUUCCUACAGUAGAUAAUGGAGUAUACGAAAAGACCCCGUUCAUGCCGGGAUUCUAUUCUAUCAGAUGUGCUGAAGGUUAUGACAUUUCUCUAGCAAGCAAACUCAAUUCUUUUAUUUGUGACGUCACAAAAACGUGGAUUUACAACAACGUGACGUGUAUUCCUGAAGCCGAAUUGAAAUUCACUGAAGGCCGCUCUUUCGUUGCCACGUUCAUGGGAAACUAUGAAAUACCAAACAAAACGUUCCACUUGUACAUCGUUACCUCCGAUUAUGAUGUCAACUCAACGUUUCAAUAUUCAACCGUUACAGUAAACAUACCCAACACAUCAUUCCAAAAAACUUACACAAUAGCAAAAUAUCUGGAGAUAGAGUUAUCUAAUGUUAACAUCUCAGACGCAAUUUACAUUUCGACGACGGAUCCAGUAACUGUGUUUACAAUGAACAAGAAUCAGUACUCGACAGGCGGCAUGCUUGUGUUUCCACUUAUAUCGCUGGGAAAAACAUACGUUAUAGCAACUACUCCUUAUGACGACCUUGAAAGCAGUCUCGUAAUCAUUCCGAUUGAUAUAGAAGCGAAAUUUACGUUAAGUUUCCCAGACAACACAACUGAAAAUGUUUACAUAACCUAUGGAAAAUCAUACGAACUAAAAAGAAGCGGACUAUCGGGUACCUAUAUAGAAUCAGACGAACCCAUCGCUGUGUUUGCUGGAGAAAAAUGUGCUAACCUACCCGACGCAGGAAACUACUCGUGUGAUCAUAUUAUUGAACAAAUGCCACCGCUAGAUGCGCUCGACCAUGAAUAUAUCAUAGCCCCUACCAAGCCUCGUUCUUACUUUGGUUUACUGGUUGUAGCAACAUCACAGGACACAACUCAUGUUUCUAUAAAUAGCGAAACUGACACGCCAAUAUAUACGUCAUAUCUGAAGCGUCAUGAUACAUUCUACCAAACUUUUGAUAACGCACAGCAUCUUAGUGUGAAAGCAACAGAGCCGGUGCUUGUUGUUCAAUAUGGCGUCAGUAUUUCUGUAGACAAUAUGAGUCAAGGCGAUGCUUCUAUGUUCGUUGUCCCUGGUAUCAACCAUUUCACAAGUAAAUACAGAUUCGUGGUUCCCGAUGGAUAUAACACAAAUAAGGUUAUUUUAAUCUACAACAUAACAAACGGAAACGAUCCAAGAGCCGGGUUAAAACUUAACGGAAAUGCUACGUACUUAGCGGAAAUGACGUCAAUUAAAUUAAACGCGUUGGAGGAUUAUGGGGUAUGUUAUCUAGAUAUCGAGGCUGGUGUGCACGAGUUAGAGAAUACAGAGACGUUUGGAGCAGUUUUAUACGGACAGGGUAGAUAUAUCGAGUACGCUUGGAACCUGGGCAUGUACAUGUGGAAAUAAAUAGAUGACGAAUACAGUACUAUCAAACCAUUUAAUUCUCCUUAACCACAUCCCUUACCCUUAACCGAGUUCAAAGUAAACAGUUUAACAAGAUCAGCACGAAGACCUAGAUUAAAAGCAUUCAUUUCUCACUGAUUAUAAAUUACAAGUGCAUAGCAUUGAGGUUAAAUCUGGAAAAUAAUAAGAACAAUGUAGAUCUUUUUUGAUACCUUCUAAAUCAAUGACAUAAUUAAGAGCUAUCUAUCAUUUGACAUAAGGCUAAAAAUAACAUUGUUUGUUUCCCCUCCCAUUACAACACUGGCUGUGAAAAAAGUUCUUGACUAGGCAUUUAUAGUAAACACGGAAUCAGCUACAGCAUGUCAAUGAUAACUGCUUCUUUAUAUUUGUCUCAUAUGUUUAAAUUGUAAAUAAACAAACUCUGAAUGCAUAUUAAUUAAACCUUGUGUUAAACUUUGAACGGAUGCUAAGCAAUAUUCCUAUUCUUUCUGAUAUAAAUAAUCAGGUACGUUAAUAUACGUACCUGAAAUAAUUAAAAAAAAAACAAAAACAAAAAACAUUAAACACGUUUUCACAAACCUAUUUUACCCAAACU